AUGGCCCGAAUAAGCCUUCGUCACGGUCUUGACAGAGACGUGUACCAAAUUGUGAAGAAGCUGGAGGACGAGAGGGACGGAGAGUGGCAGGCAAAAAAGUCAAGGGACAGGGACGGUGGUGCAAAGAGAAAGAGGCCGCCACGGCUGACGGUGACGGCGAUCUACGAAUCAAUUAAAAAGUCGAACUCGAGCCUUGGCCGACAAAAGAGGAAACCACUGGAAGACGCCAUCGAAAGGGUGUUGGACUUUCGCCGAGAAGAAGAGGCUGAAUCUGAGGACAGUGACGACCUCUUGGAGCAGGCUGAGGAAUACAAGCCAGAAGAUCGGUUUCUUCUCAACAGACAAAUGACGAAGCACUGGAACGUUGCUCCGGCGGUGCCCACUGCCCAGGGGGCGGACGGCAAGAGCACCAAGAAACGCCGCAUCUCACCCGAGCCCGAAGCCGCCAACGGCAACGGCACCGGCACCGGUAAUGUGAGCGACGCCUCUGCCAUCGUUUCCAAGGCGGCCAAGUCCAAGAGCGGCGACGUGUCAGAGACUCCAGCGGUCAUCACGAAGAAGGCGCUCAAGCCGAGCAAGUACGGCCCCGAGCAGAUCCCGCCUGGCUCGGUCGUCCUGGGCGGCGUCCGGGGGAUCAUAGAAGAGCUGCAACGGUACGUCUUUGCGCGCACGCGGAAGCCAGAGGAUUUCGCGUGCUUUGGAGAGCAGCCUAUGGGAAUUCUCAUCUCGGGGCCUCCGGGAACGGGCAAGCAGUCCCUUGUGCGAUCACUGUCGUGGAGGACGAGGACUCCUGUCAUCUCACUCGGGCGGUACCUGAGUGAGACGCGAUCGCCCGAGAAAGUGAGCAAAAUCUUCACCGACGUGCUGGACGAGGCGAAGAAGGUUGCGCCAUGCGUCGUUGUCUUCGACCACAUGGACGAGUACAUGACCAAGUCGGGCAACAGUCACAGCGAAUUUGACCACGAGGUCAUUUCACAACUAAAGCUGGGUCUUCGGCGUUUGAGAGAAUGGGAACGCGAGGGCCUCCGAGUGGUCAUCGUGGGCACGACGAGCAAACUCGAGCUGGUCGACCCUACCCUGCGGAGACCAGACUACUUCGCCCAGACCAUCACAGUCAAGGUGCCCAACACGGACGCCAGAGAAGAGAUUUUCAAAGCCCUGACAAGGGACCUCGACAUACCGUCAGAGGUCGACUUCCAGGCCCUGGCGGUCCGCACGCACGGCUUCGUCGGCGACGACAUCCGCGCCGUGAUCCAAGUCGCGAACCGCAAGGCCAGCGAUCGCUUCAUGGACAUUGAGCAGGCGCGCGCCAAGAACACCAUCCAGGCCGAGAGGAUGGAGACCUCGGACGACGCCCCUUGGGACCGCGACCUCGAGGACGCCUGCCUGUGGUACGACUACAUCGAGCACCCUUCCUACACGGAGCCGACCCGCGUGCACGUCAGCCAGCAAGACUUUGUCGACGCCAUCGCCGAGCACACCCCUUACAUGCGCCGCGAAGGCUUCAGCUCCAUCCCCAGCACCUCCUGGUCCGAGGUCGGCGCCCUGCACUCCGUCCGCGCCGCGUUCCAGGUCUCCAUCGUCCGGCGCAUCAAGGAGCCCCUCCUCUUCCAAAAGUUUGGCAAGCAGCGACCCGCCGGCGUGCUCCUCUUCGGGCCCCCCGGCUGCGGAAAGACGCUCGUCGCAAAGGCAGUCGCCAACGACGCGCAGGCCAGCUUCAUCCUCAUCAAGGGCCCCGAGCUGCUCAACAAGUACGUGGGCGAGUCGGAGCGCGCAAUCCGCGAGCUCUUUACCCGCGCGAAAUCCUGCGCGCCCUGCAUCCUCUUCUUUGACGAGAUGGACUCGCUGGUGCCCAAGAGGGAGAAUACCACCACCGAGGCAGGCGCCCGCGUCGUCAACGCGCUACUUGCGGAGCUCGACGGCGCGGGGGACAGGGGCGAGGUCUACGUCAUUGGCACCAGUAACCGGCCCGACAUGAUUGACCCGGCCAUCCUCCGCCCGGGACGCCUCGACAAGCUAUUGUUUGUCGACCUGCCUACCGAAGACGAGCGCGUCGAUAUUUUGCGUACCAUUGUGCGCAACGGCAUCGGCGGGGGCGUGCAGGAGGGCGAGGACGCCGUGGACGUUGAGGCGAUCGCGCGCGACAAGCGGUGCGCCGGCUUCAGCGGUGCGGAUCUGUACGGGCUGUACAAGAAUGCUCUGGACGAGUGUGUUUUGAGGUACGAGGGCGGCGAGCCGGCGUUGACGAGGGAGGACUGGGAGGCCGCGCUGAGCAAGACGAAGCCUAGUGUGCCGAAUCCGGAGACGUAUAGGAGGUUGGCGGCCAAGUUGCAUCAUCAAACGUAG